AUGGCUGACUCUGAGAAUAGAUGGGAAGAAUGGAGGAAGGAGUACGGCUCGAUCAUCGGCUUAAAGCUGGGUUCACAAAAUGCAAUUGUGUUGAACAGUUACAAAGCCGUCGCUGAACUUUUCGACAAGAGAGGCGGCAUAUACUCAAGCCGUCCGCAAAGCUACGUCACCGACGCCCUCGUCGGCUUCAAGGACGUCCACAUUCUCCUCCUGCCAUACGGCAACACCUGGAGACACCAGCGCAAGCUCCUCCAAGGCUUCCUCAACGUCAACGCGAUCGGCGCCGUCCUGCCCAUCCAGACCGCAGAAGCCAGCCACUCCCUGUACCAGCUCCUGAAAGAGUCGCACGGAUGGUACGACCACAUCCGCCGGUACUCGACGGCCGUCAUCCUCGCCUCCGUCUACGGGCAGCGUGGGAAGCGGUUCGACUCGCCGAGGGUGCAAGCGCUGUACGAGGUGCAGGACCGCUGGAACGAGAUGAUCGAGCCCGCGACGGCCCCGCCGGUCGAGGAUUUCCCGAUCUUGAAGUACCUCCCCGAGUUCAUUUGUACCUGGAAGCGCAAGGUUCGUGCGAUCCGGCACGGCCAGAAGUCGCUGUAUUUCGCGCUUCUGGAGGAGACGCGGCAGAAGGUCCGCGAGGGAAAGACGGACUGCUUCAUGGCUAAGCUGCUUGCGAAGCAAGAGGAGAUUCAGAUGGAUGAUGAGCAUCUGGCCCAUCUCUGUGGCAUAUUUAUGGAAGCCGGGUCCGAUACGACUGCAUCCGUCCUGCUUACGUUUAUUCUCGCAAUGGCGAGUCACCCAGAGGUUCUGAAAAAGGCGCAGGAAGAGCUCGACAGCGUCUGCUGUCCGGACAGGAGUCCCAACUGGGACGACUGCAAACAGUUGACUUACAUGCCUGCUAUCAUCAACGAGGGAACAGUCGUCUUCGAGAACAUUUGGGCAAUCUCACGAGACGAGUCCGAGUACAAGGAUCCGGAUAGGUUCUUCCCGGAGCGUUUCCUCGGCAACAGGUUCGGCACGCAGGUGGCGGAUGACGGAAACGAUGACUUGCGAAAGCCGUCGUAUGCAUUUGGAGGUGGUCGACGCGUCUGCCCGGGCCAGUAUCUGGCUCAGAAUUCUCUCUUGGUGAACAUGGCCAAGAUCGCAUGGGCUUUCGAUGUCGUACCUGAGAAGCAACCGGUCGAUGUUGACAUUCGUACCGCUUUCACCGAAGGCAUGGUGACGACACCUUUGAGCUUCUCUGUCGACUUCAAAGCUCGCUCUCCUGCACAUGCAGCAAUUGUAGAGAAGGAAUUUAGGGCUGCAGAUUCGUUCCUGGCCAAGUUGGAGGACUGA